CCAGUCACCUCAGAGCGCUCAGUGUCGAUCUGCCAACGUUCCAGAGAGGGGUGUACACGCUCUCUCUCCCUCUCCCUUCACUCUCCAAUACGUAGCAACUCUUUCUCCCUCUCUCCCUCUCUCUUUCCUCCCUCCGUCACUUCACUCCUACCUCUUCCUUCCUCCAAACUAGAUUCAACCCUUCUGGUCACCUGUUUAGCUUAAUUUUCCCUCCAUUUACCUGUUAGAUAAUGACUCAGUGGCUAUGAUUCUUCCCUGUCACUGCUCCGUGUUCACCUGUGCUGUCUCACCUGCGUGUUUACCUCUUCACCUCCAGUGUCACGUUACGUCUUUGUGUUGUCGUUUCUGAGGCUUGUGUCACUUUUAAUCCCUUGUGCAAGAUAGACAGGUGGACGGAGAGAGUACGUGUGGUUGCUGUUUGGGCUCUUUCCCUCUCUCUCUCUCUCUCUCUCUCUCUGGAGGUGUCGUUUAAAUAUCAAGGAAUUAUUAUAAAGGAAAUAUCGAAGUGAAAAAUGCAUAUCACGUCAUUUGAGAUGGAGGGCAUUGGAGAGAUGAAGGGCGACGUGGAGGCGAGUGGAGAAGAGAAGAGGAGGAAGACUGAGGUAGCGAAGUCAAGAGAGGUGCUGGUAGAAGAAGCGCCAAGUUCUCGUCUUCUGUACUCCCUCGAGGAUAUUCCCCCUUGGUACACCUGCCUAGCGCUUGGAAUACAGCACUUCCUAAUGAUGGUGGAGUCGACUGUGAGCAUCCCUUACCUUCUGACGCCCGUGAUGUGCAUGGUGGCCACUGAUCCUGCGAGGGGCGCCAUUGCAUCCACCAUAAUCUUCGUGAGUGGUAUUGUAACUCUUCUGCAGACCACUUUUGGCGUCAGGUUGCCUAUUGUCCAGGGCGGCACACACGGGUUUUUGAGUCCCAUCCUGGCCAUCCUUGCCCUUAUGCCGUGUCCUCCAGAGAGUGAAAUCCUUGCACUGGACCCUGAUGCACGCCGUGACCUCUGGCAGUCCCGAAUGCAGCAGGUUCAGGGGGCGAUCUGUGUGGCUUCCUUGUUCCAGGUCGUUAUUGGCUUCACAGGUGUGGUUGGCAUCUUGCUGCGCUGGAUCACCCCGAUGGUCAUUGUGCCAACCAUCACACUCAUUGGCUUCUCUCUCUUCCAAGUCGCGGCGGCCAAAGCGUCCUCUCACUGGGGUAUCUCUGCCCUUACUGUGAUUUUGCUGAUCCUCUUCUCUCAAUACCUCGGGAACGUUGCCAUGCCGUGGUUCUCCUACUCCCGUGGCAGAGGGUUUUCACGUACCAAAGUCUUCAUCUUCAAGUUGUUCCCGGUGAUUCUAGCAGUGGCGUUGUCCUGGGGCCUCUGCUGGCUCCUCACCUAUUUAGAGGUUCUCCCGGAAGACAACCACGCCAGGACGGAUCUUCGUACUAAUAUGCUGUAUGAGGCGCCCUGGUUCCGUCUCCCUUACCCGUGUCAGUGGGGGCUGCCAGCGGUGAGCGUGGCUGGGGUAAUGGGUGUGCUGGCGGGGGUGAUAGCUAGCGUCGUGGAGAGCAUUGGUGACUACUACGCAUGCGCCAGACUCUCCGAAGCACCAGCGCCUCCCAAGCACGCCAUCAACAGAGGGAUUUGGAUGGAAGGGUUCGGCUGCGUCCUGGCGGGGCUCUUCGGAACUGGCAGCGGCACUACUUCUUACUCUCAGAACGUGGGAGCCAUUGGUGUGACGAAGGUUGGAAGUCGCCGUGUGGUCCAGUACAGCGCCUGCGUAAUGUUAGUCUGCGGGGUAGUGGGUAAGGUGGGCGCGCUCUUCAUCACAGUACCAGAGCCAAUCAUCGGAGGCAUCUUCCUUGUAGUGUUUGGCAUGAUCACCGCUGUCGGGAUCUCCAAUGUCCAGUACGUCGACCUCAACUCUGCUAGGAACCUUUUCGUCUUGGGUUUCUCGCUGUUCUUCGGCCUGGCGCUCCCCAUGUGGAUGCAGAAGCCAGAGAACAGUGCCAUCAUCAACACCUCACUGCCCAUCUUAGACCAGGUACUGUCCGUCCUCCUCAGAACAUCCAUGUUUGUUGGUGGAUUUCUAGGGUUCUUCCUCGACAACACUAUCCCUGGAACUGAGGAGGAGCGCGGAUUGGUGAAGUGGAAGGCAAUGCUGGAAAAUACGCAAUUCGGAAAUGAGGAGUCUGUUGUGGAUACCUCUUGCUACGACCUUCCCUUUGGCAUGGAGAGGAUAAGAAAGUGGGGCUGGACUAAAUUUGUGCCAGUGCUGCCAACCUUUGCUGGGUGGGAGGCCAUCACCAGGCGGUACACUGUCUCUCCCUCCACGUGCACCAAGCUGUAACACCACCACCACCACCACCACCAGGCGCUCACCAUCCCUACAGACCACUCACCCACCGCCCAUCCUCCCACCUACUCGCCCGCCCGCCCGCCCGCCUACCUCCUCUUCCUCCUCCUCCUUGAUUUUUUGUUUUUCAUUUCGUUUUUCUUGUUUGUUUUCAAUUUUUCUUUUAGUUUCUUGUUGUGUUUUUAUUUUUCAAGAUGAUACCAAAGCUGUGUUCAAGCGUUGUCUCUUGUCUGUCUGUCUGUCUCUCUCUCUCUCUCUCUCUCUCUCUCUCUCUCUCUCUCUCUCUCUCUCUCUCUCUCAUAUUUUGUGUUUCUUAGAUCAAUUUUACUUCACAAUUGUAAAGAAAAGCGUUCCUCGCGGUAUCGUUUUCUUCGUUGCUAGUCACCUUAGUCUAUUUAACAUGUAUUAAACACAAACUAACCUCAUUUAACCUGACCUUCCUUAACCUUUCCCCCAAAAUAAGUUUUCUUCAGCCUCUUAAAAAUCCAUUCCUGGACUUACCUUCUUAUUACGUGACCAAACCACUAAAUAAUUGAUCUCUUUUUAAGUCUUAUCGCUUCUACAAUGCAUUCCACUCCUGUUCUGCUCAACUCACUACGGUAUGUUAACCCAGCUCUAUACUUAGCUGCUCUCCGUGUCUCCUCCAUCGCUACCUGUAAUCUGGGUGGAAAGGUGCAGGUGGGAGCCAAGGUGUGACACAUUUCACAGCACAGGAGGACAGGAAAGUGUGGUAAUAUAAUGACCUAUGUUCUGAAAGCCUUGUUCUCUCUCCAUGAUUGUUUUCUAAGGCCACAGAGAUGAUUAGCCGGGUUUUCAAAGAUGUUUCUUGUUUUAGGUAGUGUUGUGUCACCAGAGCCAUAAAAGUACCCUUAAAAACUCGUGUAGCAUAAACUAAAGUGUUUUGAGUGUAGUGGAGGUGAGAGGAGUAGUGAAGUGUCUCAGAAUGUUUUUAAUUGUGUAGCGUAUGAUGAAGCGACAGUCUGAAUGGUUUGUACGCUUUGGGUGGAACGAAUAAAGACGCUUUUUGUUCA